AUGUAUCACGUAUUUAUUUUAUUAUUAUCAAUAGGUAAUGUGUAUAAUUUAACUUGUAAAGACGUGUUGGAUAUUUCUGAUCUAAAGAAGAUUAAGCUUUAUGAACUGCAGUCAUUAUCGCCGCAGGAUGUCAUAAAUUGUUUAUCGUAUUUGGGAAAAGAAAAAUUAACUGUGUCCGAAGCAAGUUUCAUAUGGAAUUCGAUAAUUGAAUUCUAUUCCGGAAUAUCAAACAUACCAGAGGAUACUCUAGUAACGCUCCAUUGGGUAACAAUUGCGAUAUCGCCUGAAGACUAUCAAAAUAUGACACUGGGCACUCUUGACGUGAUAACUAAUUUUGGUUUCAACUAUGGUUUGAGUAAUGAAAAACUCAGGGCGAUAGCUGACCGCGUCCGCUGUGACUUUGGAGAUAAGCAACCAGAAGAUUAUUCCUGCUAUGAUUUAGCAGCAUUGAGACAGAUUCUGUGUGCCUUUAACAAGAGUGAAAUAGAAAGGAUACACCCUAAAGCAUAUAAGGAAGUUGCAGUGAUCAUUGGAAAGCUCAAAAAUUGUAACUAUGAUGUAUUGCAAGGCUUCGCUACAUUAACUGUUGACAUUGACGCGUUUGGUUCCCCGGAUACUUGGACGAAUAGUACUAUACGUAGUUUAGGGGUUGUAGCUGAACAUUUGCCGGAAGAAAUUACAGUUAAACUCAAAAAGAAGCUAGGUAGUCAUAUCUUAGAAAAUAUAGGCAAUGUCGAC